UAUAUAUAUAUAUACUAUGUCAAGUCCUGAAAAAAAUAGCUGAAAUAAUAACAAUAAUGCCAAUUAUAUCGACGUCUCUAAAUCGGCGAAAUUAAUGUUGAUUAUUCGUUCAUUAUUUAUUGUUGGUUAAAUAAACGAACAUUUUUUGGAUCAAAUCUUAACUAUCUGAUUGUUAAAAAUAUGAACACUAAAUAUUGUUAAUUAUAUCUUCAUAAUCUUAAAGAAAAUGUCUUCCAACUAUGCAGAUGGUUUAUCUCCAUAUGAAUAUAAAGGGAAAGUUGGUAUGAAAGAGGUUUUUGAUCCACCGGAUGUUUUACAACAAAAGAUUUCAUUACUUUCAGAUUGGAUUAAAGAAUCUAAAUAUACAGUUUUUCAUACUGGUGCUGGUAUAAGUACAUCUGCAGGUAUACCUGAUUUCAGAGGGCCAAAAGGUGUAUGGACUUUAGAAAAAGAAGGAAAGAAACCAGAAAUCAGCUUAGAUUUUAAUGAUGCUAAACCAACACUAACACACAUGGCAAUCAAAAGUAUGAUUAACAAAGGUUAUGCUAAAUAUGUUGUCACUCAAAAUAUUGAUGGUUUGCAUCUAAAGUCAGGAUUACUUCGUCAAUAUAUUUCCGAAGUUCAUGGAAAUAUGUUUACUAUGAAAUGUAAUAAAUGCAAAAGGAGUUAUGUAAGUAAAACAGCUGUAAAAACAGUUGGACAACUAUGUUUAAACAUAAAAUGUAUUGGAAAAAAUAAGAGUGGUAACCAAUGUCGAGGAGUUUUAUACGAUACAAUACUAGACUGGGAACAUCAAUUACCUGUUGAAGAAUUAGAGCUUGCCGAAUUGCAUUCUAAAAUGGCAGAUUUAUGCAUUUGUUUGGGUACAUCAUUACAAAUUCAACCAAUAAAUUUGGUUCCAUUUAAUGCGAAAAAAAAUAAGGGAAAAGUUGUUAUUUGCAAUUUACAAAAAACAAAAUGUGACCGUAAAGCAGAUUUAGUUAUUCAUACAUAUGUAGAUGAUUUGAUGCUAUCUCUAAUGAAUCUACUUGAAGUAGAUAUUGAGAAAUAUGAAAUUAUAACAGAUCCAACUAAUUUAAACCACCAAAUUACUGAUUGGACAAUUUAUGAAAAUGAUUUAAAAAAUAUACGAGAAAUGAGAAAAAAUGCAAUACAAUUGAAAAAACGAAAAAAAUCUGAAAUCAAAUCACUUGAUCAGGAAUCAGAAAAUAAUUUAUUAUCUAAUAAUACAAUCCUUAAACCAUCAAAAAUUUCAAAACUGAGUAAUAUUGAUAAUAUUUUAAAAUAA